GUGAGUCUCUGUGAACUCCUCCUGGAUCAGUGUCCUCUCCUGGUCUCUCUGUACUCGACCCCUUCCCCUCUUGCCCAUCCUCUCCAUCCCUGCAUCCCCUGGAUCUGGGGAAACUGCAAUGGGAUGUGCCCAGAGGGAUGGGCAGCUUGCGAUCCCCAGACCAGGGAUGGGACCUUUGCCCUUCCCAGAGCCACUGUGGAUGGGCCAAGUCGUGUCACCUGCUCUUAUCUCUCCUUCUAGCUUGGAGAAACUUUCUGCUUCCUGAGAAUCCAGAUGUGGUGACCCUGGAUCCAAUCACAGCUCAUCCAGAGCUUGUCCUGUCGAAGGAUUUGAGAAGCAUGAAGCAUGGACCCGCAUGCCAGAACCUGACUGACCACACCAGGAGAUUUAGUCAUUGGCACUGUGUGCUGGGCAAGGAGAGGUUCCGGGAGGGGAGGCACUGCUGGGAGGUGGAGGUGAAGGGGGAGGUGGGAGGCGAUUCAUGGUGGGGUGUUGGGGUGGCCAGAGAGUCUGUGGAGAGGAAGAGGAGAGUGGAUCUGAGGCCUGAAGAAGGGAUCUGGGCAGUUGACAGGUAUGAAGGGCAGUUCAGGGCUCUCACCUCUCCUCCCACCCCCCUGUCCCUGUCCCCGCUCCCCAGGAGGAUCUUGGUCUGUCUGGACUGCACACAGGGGCUGGUGACUUUCCUCAACGCUGACACUGGGGGUGAGAUCUUCACUUUCUCACCAGUCUCGUUCCGCAGGGAGACCCUGCGCCCCUGGUUUUUGCUGGAGACAGAGGAAACCCAGCUGUGCCUCAGGGGCAGCACUUGCUAAACCUUCAGCCCCACUUCCAU